AAAGGGUCGAAAUAAAGACUAAAACAUGUAAAUAAAGACGUGUCAAUACAUGCAUACUAGGUCACAGUUGUAACUCAGGUUAAAUUUUCAUCAUGGAGUCACAAACUCUUCUGCUGUUAGCAGCUCUGAUGAUGACGGGACGAGCGGACUUCCAGAACCACGUGAUGACGUUCCCUAAGUCCCCGGCGGUUGUCCAGGUUGGCUCAAACUUAACAGCAACGUGCGUGAUCCUCGACACGGCUGAGGUGACCUCAGAUGACCUCUACUGGAAUCUGUCAGAUACUACAUUACCCAGAGAGCUCUACUCCAGGAUCAAUAGCUCCGCCCUCAGUGUGACCUUCACUGUUACCUCGGAAAAACCUGAGUGGCUCUUCUGUCUGUGCCGCAAACAUUCUCCCUAUGUCGUCCUCAACCAGGGACGUUUCAUACACGGCCUUUACCUGAUCAAAGGAUAUGGCGUGCAGAAGCCUGAGAACUUGACGUGUGUGGCUCUUCAGGAGAAGACAUACAUCUCAGAAACGAUCAGCUGUAACUGGGACGACCGCGGACGUCAGACCAAAGAAGUUCCUACCACGUACACGCUCUACGUAAAAACAGUGUUUGACCAGAUACAUCAAACCCACACACACAGCACCAACGCUCAGGUGGCAUUGGGAAGUUACCCCACUCAGACAACUCUGGAGAUUUGGGUGGAGGCUAAAAACAAGCUGGGGGUGGCGGAGUCAGAACGCCUGAUACAGGACGCCAGCUUUUUUGUGAAGACCAGUCCUCCGUCAGACAUCAUGCUGCUGUCAGAGCCCCGUUUUCCCACCUCUCUACUGUUAAAAUGGACUCCCCCCAUCGAUAGAGUCUAUGUCAGAUUAACCUAUCGCAUCAGAUUCUGUCCCCAAGGAGCGCACGCCUGGAGCUACGUGCCUGAUGAUGACGUGUCCAAAGAGGUUAAGUCGUUCAGACUGCAGGGCUUACAGCCUGACACAGUUUACCUGUCCCAGGUGAGCUGUAAGAACGCUCGACCUGGACACGGACACUGGAGCGAGUGGAGCAACAACGCCACCAUGAGGACCCCAGAGGACCGUAAGUGUGAGAGAACCAGAUCCUGACAUGGACCAGACCCUGAUAGGAACCAGACCCUGACCUGUAGGAGGGUCUGCUCAGUGUUUUUGCAGCCUUAGUUUUUAUCUGUUUCCUGUCUGUCUGGGCUUUAUUGAUUAAAAUGAAA